AUGCCGCCGAAAAAAGAUAUUAAAGAUGGAGAAGAACGAGAAUCACGUGACACCACAUCCUAUAUCUCGUUUGCAGAUGUGGAGAAGUCGAUGACGUCAUUUAGUGAUUAUCAAAAAUUAAAACAAGAACUCGAAGAUGAAUUUGGAUCUAAAUUGAAUAGUGCCGCCAUACAUAAAAAACUAAGCUCAAGAAAAAUGAAGAAAGAUGAAACUUACCAGCAGUAUUUUCUCCAUAUGAAAGAAUGUGCAUUACAUGGAAACAUCGAAGAUGCAGCACUUAUGGAGUACGUUAUUGAUGGUAUCCAAGACAGCGAAUCUAAUAAAUCUAUUUUGUACGGAGCGUCAAACCUUAAAGAAUUUAGAAAGAAAUUAGAUAUUUACAAAAGUAUUAAAGAAAAGACCCAGACUCGACCCAGUGUAUCUACUCCAUUUGCAAAGAAUAAUAAAAUAAAGCGAUGUUUUAAUUGCGGGGACCUAGAUCAUCAAGUCCCGACCUGCACGAAGGGUAUUAAGUGCUUCCGAUGCAAUGAAUUUGGACAUACGGGAACUCAGUGUAAUAACAAAGGUAAAAAGACUUUAAAUAUUCAAAAGACUGACACGAAAAUUAAGACUGAUAAAGAAGACAAAGAAUUAGAAACUCCAUAUAAGAAGAUAAAGAUAAAUGAUGUCGAAAUUACAGCAUUAAUUGACACUGGGAGUGACGUGAAUUUGAUAAAGUUAUCUGAAGUUGAAAAAUUUAUGACAGAAAAAGCUAUCUAUGACAAAGAAAAAUCAAUACACCUAACUGGAAUUGCUGGAAAAGAACUAAAUACUAAAGGACUUCUGAAAGUUAAGGUUUUGAUUGAUGAUUAUUAUGCUGACUUGGAAUUUCACGUAGUACAAGAUUAUGCUAUACCAGUCAGUGUCAUACUUGGAAAUCCUAUCCUCAAAGAUUUUGAAAUCAAUUUUACUCGUGAUGGUAUUUUCCUUGAAAAGAUUUCUUACCUUACACUACUGGCAGAAGAGAAGAACAAUAUUUGUGAUGAACAUUACCCUGAAAAUAAAGAAAUUGCAGAUAAGGUUACAAAACUAAUUAAAGAAUAUAAAACUAAUGCUAAAAAGAAGGAAAGUAACGUUGAGAUGAAGAUAAUACUUACCGAAGAAGACCCGAUAUAUCAAAGUCCACGUCGAUUGUCACCACUGGAAAUGAAAGUUGUUGAUGAACAAAUAAAAGAAUGGCUAGACCAAAAGAUUAUACGACCCAGCAAAUCAGAUUUUGCAAGCCCUGUAGUUCUAGCUAAAAAGAAAGAUGGAACAUACAGACUUUGUAUAGAUUAUAGAAAGUUGAAUAAAAGAAUAGUGAAAGACCGAUUCCCAUUACCUCUUAUAGAAGAUCAGAUUGACAGAUUGAAGGGUGCAAAAGUUUUCACGACUUUAGAUUUGAAGAACGGAUUUAUGCAUGUGAAUGUGCAUGAAGAAAGCAGGAAGUUUACGGCCUUUGUAACUCCGCAAGGGCAGUAUGAAUUCAUGAAAAUGCCGUUCGGUCUUUGCACGGCGCCGUCAGUAUUCCAAAGGUAUGUCAACCAUGUCUUUCAAGAUCUUAUUUCUGACGGUACUGUCCUCGCCUACUUGGAUGAUUUGAUUUUACCCUCGGAGACAGAAGAAGAAGGAUUGGAGAAGCUGGUAAAAGUGUUCCAAAGAGCUGAAGAGUACGGUCUUUUAUUUAACUGGAAGAAAUGCCACUUCAUGAAGAGGGAGAUAGAAUAUUUAGGCUAUAUAAUACGGAAUAAUGAAUUACGCCCGUCAAAAGAAAAGAUUUCAGCCGUAUCAAGAUUUAAAACCCCUCAUAACAUCAAGUCUUUACAGUCUUUUUUAGGACUGUCUGGUUAUUUUAGAAAGUUCAUCAAAAAUUAUUCUAUAAUUGCAAAACCACUUACCAAUUUAUUGAAGAAAGACGUUGAAUUCAAUUUUGAUGAAGAGUGCGAAAUGGCUUUCAAUGAAUUGAAAAGAAUAUUGUGUAGUUCACCUGUGUUACGGAUUUACGAUCCAGACCUAACAACAGAACUACACACAGAUGCUAGCGCAGAAGGUUAUGGCGCCGUUCUGUUACAGAAAAGUCCUACAGAUAAUCAAAUGCAUCCAGUCUACUACAUGAGCAAAAAAACGACACCCGCUGAAAGAAAGUAUCACAGCUAUUACUUGGAAAUACUGGCGAUUGUUGAAGCUGUCAAGAAAUUCCGUGUCUAUCUACUAGGAAUUCGUUUUAAAAUCGUAACAGAUUGCUCUGCUCUUACUAAAACAUUACAGAAGAAAGACUUACCUCCACGUGUUGCUCGAUGGGCUCUGCUCCUAGAAGAGUAUAAUUAUGAGAUAGAACACAGGUCAGGAUCAAGACUUAAACAUGCUGACGCACUAAGCCGAAACCCUGUCUGCUUGAUACUUACCGAAGCUGCUGCCCGUUUGAAGAGAGCUCAAGACGACGACCCUCAUAUCAGUCUGUUAAAGAAAAUGUUAGAAAAAGAACCCUAUCAAGACUAUAUUAUGGAAAGAGGAAUAUUAUGCAAAGAGAAAGAUGGUACGAGACUGAUUGUAGUUCCAAAGAAAAUGCAGAACGAAAUAAUAAGGAAGAAGCAUGAUUAUGGACAUUUUGGAGUUAGAAAAACAGAAGAGCUUGUGAGUCGAGAGUAUUAUGUUGAGAAUCUGAAGGAGAAGAUUAGAAAAGUUAUAGAUAAUUGUGUAGAAUGUAUUCUGAUUGAACAGAAAAAGGGAAAGAAAGAAGGAUUCUUACAUCCAUUAGACAAAGAUGAAACGUUGGACAAACUGAGAGUGCAACAACAAACCUUUGGUUCCCCUCAAAGGAUUAUUUCCGAUCGUAACGCCGCAUUUACUUCAAAAGACUUUCAAGACUAUUGUGAACAAGAAGGCAUAACUCAUUAUACAAUUACUACAGGACAACCCCGCGGAAACGGGCAAGUAGAAAGAAUCCACCAAAUCAUAAUAAGUGUUAUAAGUAAAUUGAGCGCUGAUGAUCCGACGAAGUGGUAUAAACAAGUUUCCAAAGUGCAACGCUAUCUGAAUAGUACAUGGCAAAGAAGUAUUGGAAUGACUCCAUUCGAGUUACUUUUUGGAACCAAAAUGAAAGAUGAGAAUGAAAAAAUUAUGAAAUUAAUAGAAGAAGAAGAAGUUAAGAACUAUAAUAAGCAAAGGAAUGAACUAAGAUUAAAGGCAAAAGAGUCAAUACAAAAGAUGCAAGAAGAGAAUGUUAAAAAUUAUAAUAGAAAAAGAAAAAAGGCUACCGAAUACAAAGUUGAUGAUUUAGUUGCUAUUAAACGAAUACAAUUUACUCAAGGAAGUAAAUUGUAUCCUAAGUAUCUAGGACCUUACGCAGUGACAGCCAAAAAGCAUCAUGAAAGGUACGCUGUAAGAAAAGUUGGUGAAUGCGAAGGGCCCAUCAACACAACAACCUCGGCUGAUCUCAUGAAGCCAUGGGUCGAUGAAGACGUAGAUGAAUAUUCAUCUGAGUCAGAUGAAUGA